GAACGUCAAACUGACAGAAGCUCGAGUUUUACGCACGUGUACUUGUGUUUUGUGACCAUAAAAGUGUUAUGAUAUAAUAAAAAUGGGUAAAUUCAGAUCAAAACUCAAGGGCCAAACAAAGGGAAAGAGAUGGCAGAAGGGACAGUCAUCGAAUUCGAACCCCAAAACUCAAAAAUACAGAGAAAUGGCCAAAUCCCGGUUUUUCCAAGAAAAUUUAAGCAACUCCAGUUUAACCCAACAAGCCGUGCUCAAACACAAUGCAAUGUUGACAUACGGACACAGUACUGGUAAGCAAAAAUCAGAAGCAGAGAAUGAAUUGACAAUUGCUAAGGAGUUUGAAAAUAUGUCCGUGCAAGGUUCAAAGGCAGAAGAGGGUUCCGAAUCGGAAUACACAGUGUCUACAAAGUCUGGAACGUAUAAAACUUUCCAGACGUUUGCAUCGGAUUGGAGUCGAUGCAGCAAUGUCAGUUUUAGCAAGUUAUUAACGAAAUUUGAUCCAAACAAUCCAGUACAUAAAGAGAUGCUGGCUGUGUUGGCUGCUGUCACUGAGGCGAUAAAGGAACAAGGUGGAAAAGAAACAACCACUGAAUACUUUGCUGCAUUGAUGCAAACUCUAAAAACAUCGGAAGGUGAAGAAAAUAUAGUACCAAUUCUUUCACUAUUAGCGAUGGGCAUAAAAUCUGUUACUCAAGGAGUAUUAAGAAAACUCUUUUCCGACGCGGCCACGAUUUUCACCGAUGUCUUAGAAAAAAAUUCGCAAUCCGAAAAUGGCCAGCUACUUAGAAGUACUAUCGGUUGUCUGUCUGUGUUAUUACGUGCUCAGGAAUAUGCUCUGUGGGGUGAUUCUUCAACGAUGAGAGUAUUUGAAUCUGUGCUAGCUUUCUCGUUGCAUUCAAAACCCAAGGUCCGUAAAGCAGCACAGCAUGCCGUCACUGCAAUAUUGAGAGGAAGCUGCUUUAUGAUUCCAUCUGAGGAUCAGAAUAUUAAGGCACCCAAGAUACAUCCAGCAGCAAACCGAGUUGCCGAAUUCUGUUUGGAUCAAAUCAAACCGGAGGCCCUAUUGUCCGGCCAUCGCACGGUUCUGCACACACUGACCAUGCUCCGUGACAUUUUGCCCGUCUUCAGCAAAGAUAAUAUAAAGUCGGUAUGCGAGUCGAUCCUGUCGUUGAUGACGCACAACAACGUCUACAUCAAGACGUGCUGCCUUCACACGCUGCACGCGUUGCUGUCGGCGCCGCGCGCCUUCAGCCACGUGAGCGCGCCGCUGUGCGUGCGGCUGGCGCGCGCGCUCCUGGCGGCGCGCCCGGCCGCGCACGACGCGCAGGUGGGCGCCUGGGCCGCCGUGCUGCAGCAGGCCUACUGCUGCCUCGCCGGGCUCGACUUGAACCUGUGUAUACCAAAUCUGUCGAUGUUUGUGACCAUCUGUGUGUCUGAGCUGUGGCUCUCGGACGUUGCGGAUGUCAAUUCAGCAUCCACCAACGCCUUGAAGGCCAUACUCAUAGACUGCGUGAAACCGGCAAUAGAAUCUGACGAAUGUUUGGUCAAACACAAAAGCCACAUCGACAAUAUCUUCAAGACAAUCGGCACUGGUCUGGACAACCCCUUCAACCAAGCCAUCAAACACGUGAUACUUACUAUUGCUGUUUUUUUAGAGAUAGGUAACGAAAAAGUCGCUUACGCAAUGGCACCCUUACUCAAGAAACUAAACGAACGACGCGAAAGUCACAAUUUCAGCAAUCAAAAAGAAGCCGAAUACGCCACCGGAGCUGCGGUGAAAUCUCUUGGACCGGAAUUUGUUCUAAAAGUAAUCCCACUAAGAGAUGGUGAUAAUAUAAACUUAGAAAGAAGUUGGCUACUACCUGUUUUGAAAGAGAAAAUCACAAACUCGAAUCUCAAAUUCUUCGCAACAGAAAUUUUGGAAAUGGCGACGUUUUGCAGGAAGAAAUCUCGUGAAUUCGCUGAAAACAAAGAAAUAGCGUUAUCCCAUACUUACGAACUAUUAUGUAACCAAUUCUGGUCGUUACUACCAAGUUUUUGCAAUCAUCCCAAAGAUAUUAAGGAUAACUUCAAAAUCUUGGCCAGAGUUUUGGGUAUUGUUUUGAAGGAUAGUGCUGAAUUUCGCCUUUCGAUUAUGCAGGCUCUAAGGAAACUUAUCGCUUGCUCAGAAGAUAACGAGGAUGAUAGGAACGAAUUGGCUAGAUUUGCUAAGAAUUAUUUGCCAAUUUUGUUGAAUAUUUACAUGACGCCAGCGAAGGGAAGUUCAGCUGAAGGGCAGAGAUUGGCAGCUUUGGAAACUAUACAGGUAUACCUAACAAUAAGCGAUCAAAAUUUAAGACAAGAGUUGUUCACAAAUGCUAUGCAGCAAUUAGAAAAAUCCGAUGACAAUCACUUCCAAAGGGAAUCAAUCUUAGACGUCAUACGUCUGCUAGUACUCUACCAAAACAGCGAACAAAUAGCUAAUCUUUUUGACAAAUGGGUCUUCCCAUUAUGUGAGACUGUUUUAGAAAAUCCCAAAAAGUUUAAAAAGUCCAAGAAAGAGAAAAUGGACACCGAUGAAGCAAACGCAGAAAAUACUGAGAAAAAAGUUCAAAUGAGAUACAAAGAUAAAGCGAAACUUUUAGAAAUGGAACAUAAAAAGGCUUAUCGCAUUUUGGAAGAGAUUUUCAAAAGUGAUAAUGAGAGUUGUAAAGAAUUUCUGUCGAAUAAUUACAAGAAGAUUAAAAAGUUAUUGAUGUCGUCACUUAAUAAAGUAGCUGAUAGCAGUAAGGCUGCGAGAUUACGGUGCAUAGAACAUUUAAUCAAUAUUUCACCGAACCUGAAUGCUGAAAGCAAACUAAUAAAGAGCGCUAUAGCUGAAUCUGUGAUAUCCACGAAAGACAUCAACUCUAAGUGUAGACAGUGGGCCUUCAGCGUCAUCAAUACUGUUGGGAAUGUGCUCAAAAACCAAGACGGAGGUAUGCAAGCUUUCGUCACACUACUCCUCUCCGGUUUAUCAGCACCCUUGCCUCGUAUUAGCAGUGCGACAUUACGUGCUGUAGCGUCGGCUCUGUUCACCUUCAGUGAGGACAUGGGUCUGGAGACCGUCCAGGGUCUAUUGGAGACGGUCACUGAACAAAUGCUCACCAAUAACAGGGAGAUUGUCUCCGCAGCAAUGAGUUUCCUUAAGGUAUACACAAAAGUUUUACCAACGGACGUCCUAGCUGGCAGCUUACCACUAAUAUUCAAAACUCUAUCAACAAUGUCAGAUGACUGCAAGCGUCACACUAGAUUAGAAAUAGGGUAUUUCCUUAGUAGGAUGAUAAGGAAAUUCGGCGCUGAGUUCAUAGAGAAAUUGAUACCAGAACAAGAUGUGGUCAUGUUGAAGAGAUUAAGGAAUUUGCGCAAAAUGGAUAAUAGGAAGAAGAGGAUGAAGGACGGGCAGAGAGAAGAAGAAAACGACUCGGACUUUGAAGAUAUCAAGGGCACUUCAAAGACUUUAGACGAUAUCCUCAAAGAUUCUGACUCUGAAAUGGAAUACUUGGAAGAGGAGCGUCCCAAGGUCAAGGCGAAGGGUAGGAACAAGACCUGGAUCCAGGAUGACCCAGAAAAUAUUGUGGAUCUGGCUGACGUGUCUUCAGCUAGGAGGAUUACAGCGACCGAUCCAACGCAAAAGAAGCGAGUCAUUGAAGAGAAAAAGAAGAAAAAAGAUGGCGGCUUCAAGACCGCUCCCGACGGACGACUCAUCAUCACUGACGAUGCGUCUGGUGACGAUGAAGGUGAUGAUGAACCGAAGCCGAGCGGAGAUAUUGACAGCGACACUGACGAUACAGAUAAUGAAGAAUCAUCCAAGCCAUCGAAAUUAUUAAAACCGGGCGCGAAACGUCGCUACGAAGACAUCCUUAGUGUGAAGAGCGGUAGAAGUAACAGAAGUCGCGCGUCUACAGCUGUUAUGUCUAAGUACAAGGCUGGCGGAAAGGGUAUACACAGGCCACUCGGUUCAGCGGCCUCCGUAGCGUCAACAGUGGGCACAGAGUAUAAAUCUAAGAAAGCGAAAGGCGAUAUUAAGAAAAAGGGCAAGCCCGAACCGUACGCUUAUCUGCCGCUGUCGAGGAAAAAUCUUAAUAAAAGGAAAAAGGCUGUAACAUCGAAACAAUUCAGAGGAAUUGUUAAGUCAAAAACAAAGAAUAUUAAAAUUUCGAAAAAGAAAUAAUUAAUAAA